AUGAGGCGGGAACGUUGUGGUGGCUCCCAGGUGGCCCGUGCACGAGGUGAGAUCAGCUCGGAUUUCAUCAAAGAUGCUGACAACUUUAAUUCAGGGCAGAUUGACAAUGACACUGCAGAAGCCAUAUCUGAAAACUCUCCUUCCAACCACAAAGUUCCUGUCCAGUUACCUGAUCCAUCACCUUCAUUGCCUGAAGACCAGGAGGUCAGCCCCAAACAGCCGGUCACAAAACGCCACAGGAAACUGCUUUUGAAGACCAACUUUGUAACUUCUAGCAUGCCCAGUGACAAAGACGAACAGCAGCAGAAGCUGGCCGAGACGCAGGAAUCCCGGCACCGCCUGCUGAGCAAGAUCUGUGCCAAAUACCAGUCUGGUGUCACAGAGCAGCUCAUUUCCCACCGGCAGAUUUCGCGGGUCUAUGUGGAGGACAGAUCAAAGCUACUUUACUGUGAGGUGCCCAAAGCUGGAUGCUCCAACUGGAAAAGGGUGCUCAUGGUCUUGGGUGGUAGUGCCACCUCAACACGCGACAUUCCCCACGAUGCGGCACACUACGCCAACCACUUGAGGCGACUGGAGAGCUAUGACCGUCCUGGCAUCACAGAGCGGCUCCACUCUUACAUGAAGGUCCUCUUUGUGCGGGAGCCUUUUGAACGGCUGGUGUCAGCCUUCCGUGACAAGUUUGAGAGUCCCAACUCAUACUACCAUCCUGUAUUUGGACGGGCAAUCAUCUCCAAGUACCGGGCAAAUGCCACGCGUGCAGCCUUGCGGACUGGUGCUGGUGUAACCUUCAGGGAGUUUAUUCAGUAUCUGCUGGAUGUACGUCGGCCAGUGGGGAUGGACAUCCACUGGGAACCGGUCAUCCAGCUCUGCAGCCCCUGCCUGCUGCGCUACAGCUUCAUCGGCAAGUUUGAGAGCCUCGAAGAAGAGGCCAACUACUUGUUGCAAAGUGUUGGUGCACCAAGUAACCUCACUUUCCCUGAUUUCAAAGACAGAAACCCCCUCGCUGAAAGGACUUCCUCCAGAAUUACCCAGAGGUACUUUGCACAGUUGAACUCCACAGAAAGGCAAAAGGCCUUUGACUUCUAUUACAUGGAUUACCUGAUGUUUAACUAUCCCAAACCCUUCAAGGAUCUUUACUGAAAGGUGGAGUUGGACCUGUCAAAUAACUCCAUCAUUUCUUAAAAAUUGCUUUCAUGUGUAAGUUUGUUUUUAAAGGGGAUUUCUCAGCACCUCCGUUUAUCAAACGCACUAAACUGAGCUAUAAUAAUAACUAAUAACUAAUAAUA